AAAAAGAAACAUAUUCUAUAUAUAUCUUCACCACAAGAAUAUUUUUGAUUAAGAACAAGAUCCCAAAUAUCUAAUAAAUUAGAGGAAUAGAACCCCAUUCUUAAUUCCACAUUAAUUUUCUAUAUUUAGCUACUAAAAUAUGGUCAUUAUUUUUCAAAAAUAAAUAGGGCAUUUUUUGCAAAGUUAUUAUAUAUGGCUAUGGAGAAAUUCAAACCUCAUCUUCUUAUGAUUUUAGCUCAAAUUUGUUACACUUUUUUGUAUUUCAUUACUCAAGCUUCAUUCAAUCAUGGGAUGAAUCCACAUGUCUACGUAACUUAUCGACACAUCGUGGGAGGUCUAUUUAUGUUACCGUUCGCCUAUUUUCUUGAAAGAGGAAUAAGACCAAAGUUAACUAUGACUUUGCUAUUGGAGUUCUUUGUACUUUCUCUACUAGGAGUGAGUUUAACAUUAAACAUGUAUUUUGUGAGCUUGAAUUUCACUUCUCCAACUUUUGUGGCUUCUAUGCUCAACACUAUUGCUGCACUCACUUUUGUAUUGGCAGUAAUACUCAGGUUGGAAGUUGUUAAUGUACAAGAUCCUAGAGGAAUAGCAAAAGUGAUAGGGACAUUGGUUUCUUUGGGUGGGGUUACGAUAAUGACAUUGUAUAAAGGAGUUAUUUUGAAGAAUUUAUGGCAUCCUAUCAUUUAUAUUCAUCAAGGAGGAAACAAUGUUGUGAAGGAAAAUUGGGUGAAAGGUUCAAUUUUGACUGUUGCUAGUUGCAUUGCAUGGUCCAUAUGGUUCAUCAUGCAGGCUUACACAUUGAAAAGAUAUCCAGCACAAUUGUCACUGACAACAUGGAUGAGUUUUGUAGGAGCAGCACAAUCAGCUUUCUACACAAUCGUAGUGCAACAUAAAAGAGUUGCUUGGACUAUUGGUUUCAACAUUGAUUUUUGGUCUAUAAUGUAUGGGGGUAUAGUAAUUUCUGGUUUAGUGGUUUUUAUUCGAUUAUGGUGCACAGAGCAAAAGGGACCUGUUUUUGUGACAAUGUUCAAUUCACUAGCAACAAUAUUAGUGGCAAUUUUAGCAUACUUUAUUUUUGGUGAAAAGCUAUUUAUGGGAAGCAUCAUAGGAGCAAUAAUAGUCAUUGUUGGACUUUACUUGGUCUUGUGGGGAAAAGAAGAUCCAAAAUCACAAAGAAAAGAUGAAGAAAAAUGUUGCACAACAAAAAUAGAACAUCAAGAAGACAAUAUGAUGAAGAAAUUCCAAUUAGAAUAGGAAGAUUGCGUAUAAUAAAUUCUUGUGGUCCAGUCCUUCCUCGAACCUCGUGCAUGGCGAGAACUUUAGUACACCCGUCUCUCUCUCUUUUUUUCUCUCCUUAGAAUAGGAAGGUUGAAGAACUUCCAAUAGCUUAUUGUUCUCAAGAAUAAUAAAAACCAAUAAAAAAAAAUUAGUAUUGACGGAAAAAUUCAUGGUAGGAAACGCUUCUACCUUAUUUUUUGAGUCCAUUAUCGAAGAGGGAAGAUUGCAAAAAUGAUA